AUGUCAGUUGACGAAACCGCCCACCAUACCAUUAGUUCCUACUUUAUCGGCCCAAAGGCGGAAAACCUGGACGAUUUCCAAGCCAACAUCAAUGUCAUUCUAGAAGAACUACGAAACAGAAGACUGGCAUUUUACGGUGAUGAUGAAAAAUUUAUCACGGAUGAGAUCCGUAACUCUCCCCGUUUCGUCGAAAUUACCCGCAACUUUGGCAAUGCCGUGCGGACAGCAGCAAAAUUACUAGGGGAGCAUUCGGUUCCCUUCUGGUCUCCACGAUAUGAGGGACACAUGUGCACCGACAUGACGAUGUCUUCGCUGUUGGGUUACUUUAUGACCAUGAUAUACAACCCCAAUAACGUCGCCGUUGAAGCUAGCCCGUUUACUACGGUGGCCGAACUACAGGCUGGUCAGCAACUGUGCAAGCUAUUUGGUUAUAACCUCAGCACCGAACGCCAACAGCGUGAUGGAACCCCAGUAGCGUGGGGUCAUAUUACCUGUGACGGUACUGUCGCAAAUCUUGAGUCUAUAUGGGUCGCAAGGAACCUUAAGUUCUACCCCCUUGCACUGUUUCAGGCAAUGAAAGAGGACGAACUGUCAUUUAUUGCCGAUACCUUCAAAGUAACUACUUGUAUAGGCGAGGAGAAGCUUUUUCAAAAGCUCAGCGUAUGGGAGCUUCUCAACCUCCGUUCCGAGACAAUUCUCGGCCUGGCGGACGCACUUUACGAUCAAUUUGGCAUUACCUCAACCUUUUUAGAAGGUGUAUUAGACCGUUAUAACAUCCAAACCGCUGGAAAAGAGGCACUGGAGAAGUACUUUGGUAUCGACAAACCAAUCAAGUAUUUCCACGCUAAGACUCGUCAUUACUCUUGGCCUAAGGGAGGAGCCAUUGCUGGACUUGGGUCAGGCAAUAUGCAUGGGAUCGAACUUGAUCUCGACGGCCAUAUAGACUUGGCUGAUCUAGAAGUAGAGCUGGAGAGGUGUCUGCAAGAACGUCAGCCAGUGUACACCGUGGUAGCUGUCAUGGGCUCAACAGAAGAAGGCGCCGUUGAUCGACUGAGCGAGAUCAUCAAGAUACGCCGCAAGUUCCAAGCGAAGGGGCUCUCAUUCUUAGUUCAUGCUGAUGCUGCCUGGGGAGGGUAUUUUGCCACAAUGCUUCCUCGAGAGUUUGUUGAUCCCACCUUAGGUAUGCCGAUAGAACUCGUGCCAGGUGCUCCUAGAAAAGCAGAUGGAUUCGUACCAUCUUUGACGCUGAAAAAGGGCACCAUGGUGGACAUGCUCGCCCUGCGCGAGGCCGACUCAAUCACAGUUGACCCUCAUAAAGCUGGGUAUAUCCCAUAUCCAGCUGGCAGUCUGGUAUACCGCGACGGUAGAAUGCGAUUUCUAGUAACUUGGACAAGUCCGUAUCUCUCGCAAGGCUCGGCCGAAAAUAUUGGUGUGUAUGGCGUCGAGGGUAGUAAGCCUGGCGCUGCUGCCAUGUCGACCUGGCUCUCAAACAAGACCAUUGGGCUCGAUCCAGACGGCUAUGGAAGACUGUUAGGAGAGGCUGCUUUUACUAGCGCCAGGCUUUCUGCUCACUAUGCAGCCAUGCAUAUAGACGAGGAAUGCUCCGAUUAUUUCAUUUGCAUCCCCUUCAAUCGGCUGUCAACUGAAAUUGCUGGUCACGAAACCCUCUCAGACGAAGUCAACAAGGAGAGGGAGCAAAUUCGGAGAAUCAUGUUCCAAACCAAUCGAGAAAUUAGUGGAGAUUCUGACAGUAUGGAUAAAUUGCGCGAGCUAGGAUCCGACUUGAAUAUCAAUGCGUUUUCGCUUAACUGGCGGUAUGAGGAUGGAACGCUGAACACGGAUAUUGAAGAAGCAAACUACUUUAUGAAACGCAUCGUGGACCGAUUGUCUAUCACCACAACGGCAACCAACCCCGCAUCAAUUCCACUGUAUCUAACAUCAACCCUGUUUACACCAGAGCUAUAUGGGAAAUGCGCACAGGAAUUCAUGAAGAGGCUCCAGGUGGAUGUGUGCAAGCAGGAUCUGUUUGUGAUACGCAACGUCGUGAUGAGCCCGUUCCCCACCGAUGCCAACUUCAUUAGCGAGCUGAUGCAAAAGUUCCAAGAGGUCGCACGAGAGGAAGUUGAAAUUUGUCGCUCCCGCAACAAACGGGGUGCGUACGAGGUUGAAUUUGUUAUGGCUGGCACGGAGACGCUCUUCUUGGACUUCCAGCCUUCUUUCCAUCGAGCAACCCAGCGACAGCAGAUCAUCCUCGAAGCCUCUCUUGACUCGCAAGCUUGGGCAAAAUAUCAAAGACACCGGUUUGCUCAUAGCGACAAGCAGUUUUUCCUGAAAUCAAAUGAUGUCGUUGAUAUCCAGGGCCUGGUAGAGCAAACAGUGGCAAGUGCCAUGCCUAAAUUCCAGGCCACAUUCUGGUUUGAAGCCGAGGGAAAACGACAAACAGAGUCCUGUGAAGUUAUCUUACGGCGGGUCGUAAAGACCCUCCCGUUGAAUUCAGCCAAUCGUGAUGAGAGCUAUCCCAAGUUGUACACGCCGUUCUACCUGUACGGAACCCAGAACCAGAAGCACAUAUCGCACAUGCUCCUGCGCGCUCCAAAUGCAGUGUUGUCUGCGAGAAACGUUGAUUUGAGUGACAAUCUCACGGCCAUCAUUAAUGCCGGUAUUUACUACGGCCUGAUUCUAACUCUGACCAACGUGCGUGAGGCGUGUGUACAACCUUUUCCGAAAAACAAUGAGCAGGUUUCCAAGCAAUCAAACUUUUUCUUUAAAAAAGGUCAGGUUUUUGAUGUCAAGAUUUGGUCCGAUCCGAAGUCGACUGGCGAAGGGCCGGGACUGCUGGACAAACUCAUACGGCCUAUUGCGAGUGGGACUAUGACUCUGAAAGAUGAUGUCUAUGUCGAUGUCGAGUCGUUGAAUAAGGAUCCGUUUGAAGAAAAGCAGACGCUCAUCCCGUGGGAGAAGGAGCUCGAGAAGAUCGAAGCUGUGUUGAAUGGCAAGUAUGAGUCUCCUCCUCCUUAG